CUGACCCCUGCUGUUCCAUCAGGGUCAGUGUAUGUGCAAAACCAGGAAGAUGUUGAUGUCUGUGGUUUCACAUCAACAACAUUGUAGUGACGUGUUGUCAGAUUUGAAAUUCAUUUCUACCACCGAAGCCCGAUUGCACACAGCAGAGAGGUUUCAACAAACUUAAACUUCGUAUUGUCUGUCUUUAAGUUCCUGGUGGUAACGUGACUAGAAAACAGAAACAGAUGCUGACAGAACAAUGGGGAUCACUAAACUGGCAGAUUUGAUCCGCACAGAGGCUCCUAACGCUAUUUCUUAUAAAGAUAUCAGUGAUUACACCGGAAAAGUAAUUGCACUGGAUACUUCAAUUGUUGUGAACCAGUUCCGAGCAGCUACACCUUCCCUCAGCCCUCUGACAGGUCUCUUUUACCGCACGCUCACCUUCCUGGAACAUGACAUAAAGCCAGUCUUUGUGUUUGAUGGAAAGCCUCCUGGGGAAAAGAGAGCUGUUCUUGAGAAGCGAGCCGAGGCUGCUGGUUGGACCUCGCCUAAAUCUACAGGCACAGCAUCGUCCCAGACCAAAGAUUGUCACCAGCUUCUAAAAUUUCUGGGCGUACCUUUUGUCCAGGCCCUAGGGGACGCUGAGGCUCUGUGCGCCUGUCUUGUGAAAGAAGGGACAGUGGAUGCUGUUGCAUCAGAGGAUAUGGACACACUGCCUUUUGGGGCCAGUACUCUCAUUCGACAGCUAAACGCUAAGAGAGAAAGUGAAGUCAUUGAAUAUUCUUUACCCAAGCUCUUGGAGAAACUCCAAAUUAAUCAUGAAGAGUUUGUCGACCUGUGUAUUUUAUUGGGCUGUGACUACUGUGAGAAGAUCACUGGUUUAGGUCCUGUGAGAGCUCUGAAACUGAUCCAGAAGCAUCGUACAAUCGAGGACGUGGUUUUACAUGUCAACAGAAAGACUCAUCAUGUGCCACAUUCCUGGAAAUACAAAGAAGCACGUAAGAUCUUCUUGGAACCUCAAACCGUAGCUCCUGAACUCACCUGGACCGAGCCGGAUGAAGAAGCUUUGGUUGAGUUCCUUUGUCAAACUAAACAUGCAAUGAAGGGGGACAAGGUCCGUCAUCGAAUGGAGAAGUUUCGUCAGACGCGAGAGAGCAAGCGAGAGGAGAGGGAAAAGGAGCGGGCAGCAGGACACAGCAGGCAAACACGCAUGGAGGAUUUCUUCAGAGUCACCAGAAAGAGGGAUCAUCCUGUGGAAGCUGCAAACUCACAAAGCAUCAACAAAAAGAGACAAAAGAGGAAAUAGAGCCACUACCAUCUGCCGAUUGCUGUCUUACUGUCGAGAUAUCUCCAAAAAGUCGUGAAAAUACUGAAAGACAUAUCUUUGAAUUCUGCCAUGAGAAGAUUUUUCAAACAAAUGUAGCUGCUUCACUCCUGUGCUGAUGAGUAAGUCAAAUAUCUCUGGUAUCAAUGCCAGUGACUGAAUGGAUUUCCAUUCAUUGUGAUUUUAUUUGCUCUCACACCUAUUAUGUAAAACGUUCCAGAGACUUAGCUUUAACUUUAACUUUCAUGGUUUUAAACUGGUAAAGGACAGUGCUUUUCUAAGUGUCUAUUUGCCACCCCAGAAUCAAGCACAAUGCAUAACAUACAUCUCGCACCUUGCUGAUUUCAAGUUUAUUUUGUCACUACAUGGAUGCACAUCAUCCAUUCACAAUAUAACAAGUGUAUCUUGUUUUUGAAAAAACAACAAUACAAUUCACUAAGCAGGUCUUCAGUGUAUCCAGUAGUUUCUUGCAAAGCCACCAAGAAAAGCAGAUCAGGCGGUGAAUGACUAUGAAAGAGACCAGUGUGACCACUGUCAUGGAGACCUCCCCCCCAGCCAAAACUGCAGACAGGGGAUGUCUCAUCACUAGAUAUUCAAUGAGCACCUGUUGUGUAAAGGGUGCCAAGGCGCAGACCAAAAGAGUUGAAUUUUAAAACAUGCACUGAUGUGCAAUCAUGUCUAAAAGAAGAAGUGAGAUGUUUAGAUCCACACAAAGAAGAUAUUUUGUUUGAAAUAACUUGUAAAUACAGUAUGAAGAGACCACAAUGUAUGUUUUAUAUUCAGAUUUUUAGUAGCAUUGUGCCCUUUUAAAUAAAUGACAAUUUGUAAUUUGA